AUGAAGAAUGGUUGUUUUCUUGUCCGAUUCAAGCAUAAGCUGGAUUAUGAAUAUGCUACAUCGUCCGGGCCAUGGCUGCUAGGAGAUACUUAUCUGACGGUGCAGCAAUGGUAUAAGGGUUUUAAUUCCUGGAAGUCUAAGGUGAAAUCUACUAUGAUUUGGGUUCAGCUGCCGGAGUUACCGGUGGAGUUCUAUAAUGAGGUAGCAGUUCUACUGAUAGCUGAAAAGAUUGGUAGACCAGUUAGAGUGGACCAAGCAACAAUUUUGGGUGCCCGAGCAAAGUAUGGUCGGGUUUGUGUAGAGGUGGAUUUAACCAAGCCGCUCCUUGGUUCGUAUAAGAUUGAAGGAGUCACUUAUUUCAUAGGUUAUGAGGGGUUGUCCAAUCUGUGCAUUGACUGCGGCAGCUACGGAGCAACCACUAAGAAAUGUCAUUGCAAGUUCCCGAUGCCAGAGACCCAAGAAGAGCCGGAGGUGGUAGGUUCUGAGGAUGACGAGAUGGUUGAAAAAGAGCCAGUGAAAACUCAUGGUGAGUGGAUGAUGGUCCCUCGGCGUCCGAAUCGACCACAGCGCCGAAACCAGAGUUCCUAUAAUGGCCCAAAAAGGGAUGCUACAGGGAACCGAUAUGCCUCCCUUGCUGGAGAGGAGUUGUCGAAGGAGGAGAAAAGCGAGCCACACAUACAGACUAAAAAACAAGCUGUGGAACAAAAGAAAGCGAAUAAAGGGAAACCAAUAGAAGAAAAGCCUCACAAAGAAUCAGGUCCACAACACACAAAACAAGGGUCUGCUCAAUCGGUUGCGAGCAUGGAUAGGGAGAGCCCUCAAGGUACUCCACAGCAGAGCAAAGGGAUGAGAGAUACAUCCUUGGGCAACGCUAAGCCAAAAAACAAUUAG